CGCGUUUCGCUGACUUGAAUUGCACAAGACGGGAGACGCGCUGGAGAACUGAGGAGUGAAGAGCGAAGCGCAUCGAGCUCUAUUUUUUGUUCUCUGAGUUAUUGUGGAUUUGUUUUCUUUCUUAUAACAGUCUGAACGAUUAUCGAGGCAACCAUUAUAUUUGAGAUCAAGAGCAUUUUGCUGUUGGAUGAUCUGCGACUUCGCAUUGCGCACACGGAACGGAACUAUGAACGGUUUUGGAGUAAACGUUCAUCACCUCUGAAAGCGCACCAACAAAAUAAUAAUAAUCCAGACAUUUGUGUUUGAUUGUGGAUUAUAUCUAAAAAAAUAAUAAUAAUAAGGUCCACCAUGGGCGUCAAAUCCAGUCUUGUUUGUACUGAAUGAAGAUGUGUCCUCUGUGAUCGUUCCUGCGGCGCUCCUCGGCUCAGUCUCGCACCCAAUGCACCACACUCUGAGUGGAUCUACAGUUUCCACUUUACCCAGCCCGACCACCGACAGCCAACACUGUAACUUCACUUUCAGGAAGCUCCCUGGAAUUAAGGACUCGUCCACCGCUUCGUUAAAGCCCUCGGAUCCUGUCCGGCAGGCGAAGCGUCUUCCCAUUAAAGUAGUGAAGAUGCUGACCGCGCACUCCGGCCACUUGCUCCACCCGGAGUACCUGCAGCCCCUCACAUCUGCCCCUGUCAGCAUCGAGCUGGAUGCUAAGAAGAGUCCACUGGCCCUCUUGGCUCAGACAUGUUCUCAGAUAGGCAAACCGGAUCCUCCUUCCUCAUCCAAACUUGCCUCUAUAACAUCUAGUGGACUGAGUGAGAAAGAAGGCUCUUCUCGCACUUCCUCCUCAUCCCUAAAACACUCAGAGCAGCGGCCUUCGUCAGAUGACAAAUCCAGUUUCAAGCCUUACUCCAAAACUGGUCCCGACAGCCAGAGGGAUGGGAGUAUCAGCAGCAGCAGUAACAAGUCUGGUUUUUGUCUUCCCGUUGGUGGAGGUAGUGGUGGCAGUAGCACACCGAGCUGUCAGUCCCACCAUGCACGUACUGUUUCUCCAAGUUCCAGAGUGGGCUCACCUUCACAGACUCAGGUGCACAGGCACGCUCUUUCACCCAAUACCACACGUUCCAACGGACAUUCACAGACUGCAAACGGGGAGGCAAAAAACACAGAAGUAGUACUCUCUGAUAGCAGCAGCAACUCGAAGAAGGAGGCAGAGUCGAGUAAGAAUAAUCUGGACAGUCCCCAGCUGGCCAACUCCAGCCAUGCCAGAGCAAGUGCCAACUCCAGUAGCUCAAGCUCUGAAGGCAGCCCUAGUAGUGAGAGCAAAUCGGACCCACAACCAUCUCAGCAUGGAGGACUCCGUCCAGUUUCUAUUUCUCCCUUCAAAUCCAAUCACCCUGUCUUCCCACUCCCACCAUCCAGCAUGGGCUACCAUGGUUCUAUAGUGGGAGCUUACGCUAGCUAUCCUGGUCAGUUUGUUCCUGGCUUAGACCCGACCAAGUCAAGCCUGGGAGGUGCUAGUGUAGGGGUUGCAGGUAAACACCCCAGCUCAAGCCCACUGACUGGAGCAUCACCACCUUCAUUUAUGCAGAGUUUGUGUCGGGACCCAUAUUGUUUAAGCUACCCAAAUGCACCUCACCUGGGUGGCAACUGUGGCACAUGUGUUCACGACCCCUCAUCUUCACUAAAAUCCGGCUUCCCGUUGGUUUACCCCCCUCAUCCUUCACUGCACUCGCUCCACCAGAGCUCAUUGUCUUCCAGCAUCACACCAUCACUCUCUCAUCCACUAUACACGUACGGCUUCAUGCUGCCCAAUGAGCCUUUACCACAUGCGUGCAACUGGGUUUCUGCCAGUGGGCCAUGCGAUAAGCGAUUUGCCACCUCCGAUGAGUUAUUAGCCCACCUUCGCACACACACCUCACUGCCAGGUGUGGAUGGAAAGCUCCUGUCCACAUAUCCAUCCUCCUCCUCUUCUUGUCACCUUCAUCUGCCUCCACAUAGUAGUCCAGCUUCACUUCCUGCUUCUUUCUCAUUGAGGGGACCUCCAAGUUUGGGCUUGGCUCGGUAUCAUCCCUACAGUAAAAUGCCACUGCCCACAGCACCAACACUGCCCAUGCACUCUUUACCAGCAUCCGCACCCUAUUACUCCCACUACGCCCUCUACAGCCAGAGACUGGGAUCUGCCUCAGCCCUUGGCUACCAGUGAAAUGGACUCAAUUGCCUCAGAAAUCCAGAGCCAGAACAAGCAGCGCACUUGCAUGAUGACUGCUAAGAAAAUCCCAAUUAGGAUUUGACCCUGUUUUCAGUUUCCCAGUAAUGGGAAAAUGGAAGUGAAUGGAACAGAUAAUGUAGACAAAAAAGGAAUCCAUGGACUCCCUAAUGGCUACAGUUAUGGGUGUUCCAGGGUGCAUGCAAGCUUGAGACUGUGUGGGACUGAAGUGCAGAUGCAGUUUUCGAACAGAAUUGUAUUUAUUUUUGAACAAGCGCUUGGCUUUUUCCAAUUAAUAAUCCACAGCAGUUUACUUUCACAAAUACCGAGUUCAUCUCCUCAUUUAACUCUUAAUUGAACUGUUCUUCUCCUCCCAUUAUUUGUACACACUAUGCUGCAAAUCUUGAGCUUCAGAUGUUUAUUUUCUUUUCAUAAAUCUGUUUCGUCUGACUCUGUCUGUUUAUUGUGUCUGUGCAGUAUGAAUGUGCAUGUCAAAGUCCUUCUAGCCUUUCUAAAUGCUUAUUUUUUAUUUUUAGCAGCUUACAAAUAAAUGACUUUAAGAGCUUUAAUAUUUUUUGUAAAGUGUUGAAAUUACUAGGCUGGUUAAGGUGUCGCUUCAAUGAAAGAAAAAUACAUUGAACAAUAGCGAUGGCAGAGCUGUCCAACUUUGGAGUUAUAAUUUUGUUAAAUAAAUGAAAUGGUUAUAUUUAAACUCCA